AUACGGAGGCAUACUCAGUAGAGAGAUACCGUCUGUGUAUCGUGCAAUUCAAUCAUUUGAGAGCUCUAAGGAAGAUUGAGCACAUGGUAUGUCAUAUCAGGCACGUCGGAAAGCGACGAUGAAUACAACAAACACGGGAAGUUGGAGGAAAAACAUAUUACGAAAGAUCUAUAGUGUAACAGUAUCUGCUGAGGUUGGCUAUGAAGCCCUGUCACGACGAUUGAAUGGUCAGCAGCCAUGUCAGUCACGGUAGGCUCCGAACGAGUAUCGGAAUGCGAUCGCCGGCGGCAAAGGACUUGGGGCUAUUCAGAAGAUGGUUUCGGCCGCUUGUCGAACGUCGUUGUCGCCCACGCGUUAACCAGCAACGCGAAACCGCCCCGGAAUCGUCAUGCAUCGGGCUCCCCAUUCCAUCGGCCCUCACGCCCUGCGUCUACGAGCCCUGUUGCUGCCGGUCAUAAGGGCAUUUUCACACCUGACGGGCCGCUGGUUCAACGACAUCGCCGUUCCGAACCCGAUGAUAUGGCGAUGAAUGAGUAACAGAUGAUCAACGAACAUUUAUGUUGGAUGAGCUGGGAGGGACGGAUGGUGGGCUGCGUGGUCAUCGCAAUCGUCCUGAAAGGCUAGAUGAACAAGGGCACGCUUCUCGCACAUCUUUUCGGUUUUGUAGUGAUAUCGUCGCAUACUAAUUUCACCCCUCGACCUGGUACCAAUGAAGCACGAGUACAAUGUCGGAACCCAAAGCACCGGGGGCA